AUGUCUGAAGAUUGUCUGAAGCUGUUGAACUUGAAGAUGAUAUGGCUGAAAACAAAGAAAAAAUCACAAGACAGAAAUGGUGAGAUUGUCGGUGAUGAAUUUGAUGGUCUUACAUUUGUAUCAUUGGUGGUGGUGGCAUUUGGUAUUGAAGUAUACCAAUACUCUAGGGAUCUGCAUGGUCAUAUUGAGCCCCCAGGGGAACAGCUGUUGCACGCCUCAAAGCAAUUUCUUCUCUUGACACUUCAUCAAGGUCAUAGUUAUGCCCAUGUAACCUGUGUUUUGGUUGUUCCUCGGACUCUUGGUGAUGGUGGUGGUGGUGGUGGUGGCGGUGCCAAUAUCAAAAUCUGGGUGGUCAUUGAUGCUUGGCUCCCUCUAUAUGGUUGCCGUUACUCCAUGGGCCACAUCUGUUGA